AUGAAACAAUAUCUUCUCGGCCUAGCCGUCCUGGCCCUACCCUGGACUAGUGCAGCCAAAAGCAAGUCCAAGGGCCCGGAUAGCGAUGGAAAGUAUUGGAUUUCCGGGGAUGGCAUCAAGGCUUCCUUCAUCCCAUACGGUGCUUCCAUCUCAAAUCUUUUGGUCAACGACCAGUACGGUAUUCCGCGCGACGUUGUGGCCGGCUUUGACAACGCGAGCUUCUAUGGCAUCGACACCGCCCACCCGCAUUUUGGUGGUGUGCCCGGCCGGUAUGCUAAUCGCAUCAAGAACAGUUCAUUUGUUAUUGAUGGCGAGACAUACCAUGUCACUCCCAACGACAACCCAACCAAGGAGUCUCCCAAGGGAGCCGACACCUUGCAUGGCGGCCCUGACGGCUGGGACUACCGCAACUUCACCGUUGUUGCCUACACCUCUUCAAGCAUCACGUUUUCCAUUGUCGAUCCUGACGGCAAGGAGGGCUUCCCUGGAGAGGUCGUCUCGUACAUCACGUAUACGCUCACAGGGAUGGACUGGGACAUUAAAAUGGUGGCCCUGUCUACGACCAAAAGGACACCCAUCAUGCUGAGCAGCCACACGUACUGGAACCUGGACGGCUUCUCCAACAAUGAGACCAGCAGCAUUUUCAACCACACGUUCCACAUGCCGUAUGGUGGCCAGCGGGUGGGCGUCGACAAUAUCCUCAUCCCCACCGGCGAGAUCUUGCCCAACAAGAAGGGAUCCGUCAAUGACUUCUGGAGCAAGCCAAAGCAGAUUGGAGCACAAGCCAACGACCCUGAGCUGGUCAACAACUGCGGCUUCAACUGUACUGGAUAUGACACCUGCUACACUGUGAACCGUGGACAACUUGGAGCCUAUGACUGGCGGACCGAAGGCCCUGUUGCGACCCUGUCAUCCGAUUGGUCAGGUAUCCAGCUCGAUGUGUACUCGGACCAGGACGCGUUCCAGCUGUACAGCUGUACCCAGCAGGACGGCAGCAUGCCGCUGAAGAAGACGCAGGGUCUUAAAGACAACGCCCAUUUCCCGCGUAUUAUUCCCCGCUAUGGCUGUGUCGUGCUGGAGGUGCAGGAUUUCAUUGAUGGCAUCAACCACCCUGAGUGGAUGCGGGACCGCAAGCAAGUCUUUGGGCCAGGAGAUGAUCCAUACGUGCUGCAGGCACGGUACUCGUUCAGCAUCAAGGGGUCUACUUAG